AUGGUCCGACCCCCAUCUCGACCCGGUGUCGCAAGGUCAAGUACAACUGAUGCAGCCAACAAAGAGAAGCCCAACCAGCAGCCGUCAGCUCCUAACUCUAAUGCCUAUAGGAAAAAAUCUUCACAAGGUCAAGGAGGAAAAGCUCCCCCACGUCAAGUCUACAGGCCAACGGGCAAGACCAUCCAAUCAUCUUUUGAGAAUACAUAUAAUCUUCCAAAAAAGACUGCGGACAAUCAGACGGAGCAGAAUCUUUUUAUUUUAAUAAAUAAUAAAAAGACUUCUCAGCACAUACAGAUUUCUGCCGAUCCUUCAACCAGUACUGCUUCUCAUGAUUCUCAGUUGAGGGUGGAUUCUUCUCAUCAGAGGCAUAGGCAACAUAAAAUAGAAAAUAAAGAAGAAUUGGUUUCCACUUUUCAUUGGCAAAUCAAGAGGCAGAUGAUAAAAGAUGGAUCUGUUGGAAUCAUGAAGUGAAUGUAGUGCUUGUCGACGCCUUUGAACAGUGUAUCACAGUCGACACCAGCUUCCUUAAUUCUGAUCUGAAAACCUGGUCGAAUAAGCAAGAGUGGGGGCUUUGUUUGGGCGAGGCUUGACAGAGUUUUCACUAAUCCGGCUUGUUGCUAUGAUUUGUGGGAGUCUCUUUCUGAAAUGGAAAGAGUGCAUUAUUUUCCAUGGCUUUUUUGCGGGGGACCCUAAUGAAGUGGCUAAUGGUGAGGUGGAAAAUGGAUCAACUGCUUUGAGGAGAUUCUUUUCUUCAAAGAUUCCGAGAAAUAGGGAUAACAAGAGAUAGGAUCCGCCCGGUAUGGGAUGAGUCAACUUAGAUUCUCUCACAAUCCUCUAGUACUCAACCUUAAUUGGCGCUGCUGGGCCGAAGAAGAACUUGUUGUCGAAAAGGAAAAAAAGUACACUACCCUUAUAAUACACUGGCUAGCGCCUUUGUUCGAUUGGACUGGGGCCUCAGCUUUUUUAAGGUAAAGACAUUGGCAAGGUCCUCUUGCUCUGCUCUGUCCUCAACUACGACGGCUACUGGAGUGAGGUUGCGUAUAUAAUAGAGUGGCAUUUGGGCCCAUAGAUAGAGUCAUCCCAUCCAAUGCCUUUUCGUUACCGCUCCGUGGGGGCUUUCUGGAAGAAAGGUGCCAGGUUCAUCAGGGUCGAAAUCAAACCUGAUAGAAGAUUCAUCAAAGUGCUUGCGGAGUGAGGGCUUUACGGCCCGAUGAUAGGACAUAGGACAGACUUGAGCUCUUCUUCUUCAUUGGAACCUGCCGUACCAGAAAGAUCUUAUUAUGGCGUCAUCUGUUGGGUAGCUCAUUUGGCCACGUCUUUGUGAGCUCUUCCUUUGAACUGGAUUUGAUUUCACCCCU